AUGGCUGGAGAACGGGUCGAGCUGAGCUCGCACCCUUGGAAUAAUGGAACCUCGACAAGCGCAGAACUUCUCGAUGUCGUUCACUUCCAUUAUGCAUGGGUGCUAUUCAUCGUCUUCUUGGCAUCAUUCGUUACCAAUACUGUGCUUACUGCUGAACCCUCUGCCGAAUCCAAAGAACGCAUUCUUACAGGACCUGGAGGAAAGCCAUUACCACGCUCCGCUCGCAAGUACAAGGAGGAAUUGCAAAGAAAGAAGAAGCUCACGGACUUCAGUCCCUCCCGCAAGAACCUCUUCCUCUGCCUAUCUGCUGGAGUGCUUGCCACCUUCAUUGCCAAUGGCGCCAACAUUGUUAUACAUGCCCUCACCAAGCGUGAGGAAGGCUGGUGGUGCGGUCAAGCAACCGCCAUAUACGUUUGCGCUUCUGCCUUCUUUUACAGCAUAUUCCUCAUCUCCCUGGUUGAUACAACGCCUUCGCCAAGUAUUGCACAUCAGCUUACCUGGGUGGUGGCCCUCAUCGGGGAAAUCAUACUGUUAGCAGGCACAACCGCGCUCUAUUCCACCCCGCACGAAGAAGUCAACUCUCUGCCGAGAAAAAACCACGAAAUACAGAGGUCGUUUGACGAGUGGGAAAUCUUCGAAGUCGUUGUGGACGCUGUGCGGGUGAUGCUUAUCAUUUUCCAGAUCGGAUUCUACACUUUAUUCUCCCUCGAACGCCUUUACAAAAGUAGAUAUCCAAGUCGACCCAACAGUUAUCUUGACGAGCAUGCACCUCUCCUUAUCAAUGGCCAUGCUAACGGCAACGGCCAUGUGCAUGGAAAUGGAUCCAUUCCAAACGGUCAUGGUGACACGGGCUCGGAAGGCUGCAGGACUGCGAAUGGGAGUACGCGCGCACCAUCAGAGAAUGGGAAUGAAAGUGGUAGCCGUCAAAGCCUAGAUGAAAACCCAGCUUUCUACAAACCCACGACUGCGCCGAAUAAGACAUGGUGGGAGUACCUCAGAGGCUAUUCUCUUUUCUUCCCCUACUUAUGGCCCAGCAAAUCUCUCCGGCUCAAAGUUGUUGUUCUACUUUGCUUCAUCCUCGUGGUCUUGCAGAGACUUGUGAAUAUUGCUGUGCCCCUGCAGAUAGGGACUGUUACGAAUGAAUUGUCGAGAAAGGAUGGUGGAGGAAUGCCGUGGAAAUCGAUAUCCCUUCUGAUUGUCUUCAAAUUUCUCCAGGGCACGUCUGGCAUUCUAGGUGCUCUUCGAUCGGUCCUCUGGAUUCCAAUUUCGCAAUAUUCAUACAAGGCCUUGACUACAGCAUCCUUCGAGCAUGUCCACGGUCUCAGCCUCGACUUCCACCUAGGCAAACGAACUGGGGAGGUUCUGUCUGCCCUUAGUAAAGGCAACGCAAUCAACAAUUUCCUCGAGCAAGUUACAUUUCAAGUAGUCCCCAUGGUAUUCGACCUCGGGGUAGCAAUCAUCUACUUUGGAAUAGCGUUCGAUGCCUACUAUGCCCUUGUUGUCGCCAUUAUCACCUUUUCUUACUUAUACUUAACCAUUCGCAUGGCACGAUGGCGGUCCGAACAACGACGGCAGAUGACGAACCUGAGCAGAGAAGAAGACGCAGUGAAGAACGAUUCACUGACUUCGUACGAAACCGUAAAGUACUUCAACGCCGAGGAAUAUGAAUUCGAUCGAUAUCGACAAGCCGUUACCGCUUUCCAGAAGAUGGAGUACAAGGUCAUCACCUCGCUCAAUAUACUUAAUAUCUCUCAAAACACAGUGUUUAUGGCAGGCCUCCUCAUCACCUCCUUUAUAUCAGCGUAUCAGGUCACCACCGGCAUUCGUCAAGUUGGUGAUUUCGUCACUCUUUUGACAUACAUGGGCCAGCUCCAACAGCCUUUGAACUUUUUUGGAUCAUUCUAUCGCUCCGUUCAAAGCGCCAUGAUCAGCGGCGAGCGUCUUCUAGAGCUUUUCAAAGAGCAGCCGUCCGUUGUCGAUUAUUGUAAUGCCGUGGCUAUGCCAACGUGCGAAGGCCAAAUACGUUUCCAGAAUGUAAAAUUCUCGUACGACACGCGCAAGCCGGCAUUGGAAGACCUAAGCUUCACUUGUCGACCUGGCACCACAACUGCCUUCGUUGGCGAGUCGGGAGGUGGGAAGUCCACAGUAUUCAGGCUUCUAUUCCGCUUCUACAAUGCGCAAGACGGCAGUAUUCAGUUAGAUGGAAGUGAUAUUAAUAACAUCACUAUUGAUUCGCUGAGACGCCACAUAGGAGUGGUACCUCAAGACACGGUUCUGUUCAACGAAACACUAAUGUACAACUUGAAGUACGCCAACCAGAACGCCACUGACGAAGACAUUUUCGCUGCGUGCCGAGCGGCCUCGAUUCACGACAAGAUUCUGGCUUUCCCAGAUGGCUACAAUACCAAGGUUGGCGAACGUGGUCUUCGUCUGAGCGGUGGUGAGAAGCAACGAGUUGCGAUUGCCAGAACGAUCAUCAAGAACCCCCGUAUCAUUAUGCUUGAUGAAGCGACCGCUGCAUUGGACUCCGACACCGAGCAAAACAUACAAAAUGCUCUCAGUACCUUGUCUGAGGGGAGAACUAUGCUUGUCAUCGCGCAUCGAUUAUCAACUAUCACGACGGCUGAUCAAAUCCUCGUCCUGCAUGCUGGAAAAGUUGCAGAGUCAGGCACCCAUCAAGAACUCCUAGCUAUGAAAGGCCGCUAUCACAAUAUGUGGCGAAAGCAAAUUCGAGCCGAACAGGCAGCGGAGCAAGCAUCACGAGCAGUAGCGAAGGCGAAUGCUCUCAGAGAAGCUGCUAUGGAUCGACCUGGGUCUUCUGGUAAUGAGGGAAGCCCAAGCGAGGAUGUCAGCGAAAGUGAAGCCGAUCCACGCACCAGUGGCAAUGGUCUAGGAGCACCAAGUUUAGCCUCUAGAGCCCUUGUCCGAGCCGCAGAGAACAUGCGGGAUAGCACGCCAUCCGUCACUGGCUCCAACGUCGACACACUGGUUGAUGAGAGAGGUGACGAGAACACGUCUUCGGAUGGCGAAGCUGGUGAUGUGGACCCAACCCGCAGCCUUCCGACAGAAAGGCGGAACUCAUCCACCCGGAACUAG